AGAGAUCCCAAUCCCAGCCAUCCUCUUCUGUGACAUCGUCGGUCCAAUAGUCAGAUGAUCGACACUGUUGUGCAACCAUAUCUCAGCAAAUUGAUCUGAUUGCAUUGAACGGCGUACGCUAGCUCGUUAGCUAAAUGACCCCUCUGUCUUGGCUGGAGCUCAACGGCCAGCUAGCCAUCCUCAGUCGGGAAGGAAAAGCUCAAAAUAGCUGAAGUCGCUGCUACGAGACGCUGUCACAGCUGAGCUGCUUAUCAGGUGCUUGUGACUGCAGUGUGCGGUGGACGACGAAAGCAUUUCUCAAAUAUUGUUUACAAUCCAUCACCAUUUGCUGCGGAAUCUGUUCCCAGAGAAAGGUUUUGCUUGCAGGAUCGCUAGCGCGCUAGCUAGCCUCCGCUGGCUGUUGCCAUAAUUGCUAGGACAGGCUGCUCUGUAGCUUAGCCAGCAGCGACCCACACAACAAGCUAGCCCGCUGGAUCUUGUCACUGCGUGCUCUGCGAAGCUUCCUCAAAGAACUGCACGUACCCGGAAAAUAUUAAAGCCAUAACAAACCAUAACUCCAUCCUGUUUACGCGUAUUUUGCAGCGAUUUAAUCCCGGUAUGGGGGACAUGAAGACCCCAGAUUUUGAUGACCUAUUGGCAGCAUUUGACAUUCCUGACAUUGAUGCCAAAGAGGCCAUCCAGUCAGCCCCGGAUGAGGCAGAGGGGCCCCAUGGAGCCAGUGGUGCACCUCUGGGGAAGCCAGAUAAUGUGGUGGGAGUAGGGUCAUCCCUGAGAUCACCAAGCCCCUCCGAUCCCCAGGCUGACACCUCAAUUGUCAGCGUUAUUGUGAAGAAUAAAGUGCGUGUAGAGACUGUCGAUGGAGGGGAUGGGGACACAGACCAAGACCCUAUUGAUGUAAUUGCAGGGGUGGAUGUGGGUCCUCGGCUUGGUGCGUGUGCCCCAGGAAUGGCUGAAUCUGAGGCUCUCAACCACAAUGGUUUUGGAGCGUCUGGUGUCUCCACACCCCUACCCCUGAGCCAGUCCCAAUCCAAUGGAGCUUCAUGGUCAGUAAACACCCCGAAAGCGUCCUCAGAAGGUGGAGCGGUUGGCAGCGGAGCAGUGAAGUCUCACAAGCAGGGCGGUAACAUUUUCAACAGACUUAAACCUCUCAUGGCACAGGGGACGGGAGACCCUGUGGGCCGGGCCAGGAAGAUGCAGCUUCUACAGCAGCAGCACCAGCAACAACAGGAUACGGGCCAAGAGAGGGCAGAUGGGGUCAAAGCCUCAUUACCGUCAUCCUCCUCCUUAUCAGCUGUGUCUUCUCCUCUGGCUGCAGGCGGGUCUGUCGGACUGGCUUCGCCUUUCUUUCCACCUUCCAAGCCUCUACUUCCUCCUCCACCAUCUGCCCUCUCAUCACACCCAAUGCAUUCAUCUCAGCCUUUUAAUGGAGCUCCCAAAGGUGGCGCUGCAGGAUUUCAGCCCCGGGAAUCAGAGGAGGAUGAUUCGGACCCAGACUUGGGGGGUCCCCUGGUGAUCCAAGAAAGCCCGGACUCCCCCACUUGCACUCCUCCUCAGCUGAGCCGGCGUUACAAGUCUGUCAGUGGCGACGCCGGCUCCACACAGCCUCCAUCCUCUACAGCAUCUCACCCCAAACCUGGUGACACUCCCUCAGGUGCCAGUCUGACAUCAUCGACUCCCCAGGCUGGUUCCACAGACAGCCCGCCGCUGGAGGACAGGCAUCCAGAACAUGUCAUAGAGGAGAGAGACUCACCGGAGAGUCCUGAGCCAGAAAUGCCCAAAUCGACUGCUCAAGUUGCAGCAAAAAGGUGCUCUAGCCCGGCAGUGGCCUCCACGCCACCACCCUCAGACCUAAGGGAGCCAAAGGAAGAAGAAGAGGAAAUGGAAGUGGGGAAUGGGAUAGAUAGGGUAGUCGAUGGAAAAGCAGACACGGGGAAGGGAGAAAGUGCAAGAACAGAUGAGGAGAAGAUGGAGGUAGAUGAUGGGAAGACUAAAUCCUUGACCACUGAGGAAGGGAGUGCAAGCACUCCAGCAGCUGCUGUUUCCGGGGCUCCAUCCCGACCCUUGAAAGUCAGAAUAAAGACUAUCAAAACCUCCACAGGUGGCAUCACCAGAACUGUCACCAGGGUAGCACCUAAAGGAGGUGCUGCUGGGAAAGGUUUGGACCCUAAAGCUCCAGCUGGGGGACGGAAGGUACUAGCAAACAAAGGACAAAAAAUUGAGCCUUCUCCUGGUCACAUGACAGCAACAUCUCAGCAGCAAAAAGUAAAGGCUCUCAAUGCUCUACCAGUGUCAACACUAGCAGCCAGUAGUGUCAUGCUCGCUGCUGCUACCAAAGUCCAAAACAAAAUGGCUGCAUCUGACAAGACCAAGGUUUCUGCCACUGCUGUUAGCAUCACUAAAUCUGCUGCCCUGCCCGUGACUCCCGCUGUGGCUUCCUCUCCCAAGUUUUCAGUUGCUGCUGGUGGGAUCAGCGUACGCACCGCCACCACUAAGACAGCUAACGGAGGUAGCGGGACCAUCAUAGCAGGCACCCUCCAGCCAAACAAGCCUGCCUCCAUAGUCAACAGUACAGGUGCUGUCAUCUCCCGUAGUCAGUCGAGCCUGGUGGAGGCUUUCAAUAAAAUUCUGAACAGUAAGAACCUUUUGCCCAGCUACAAGCCUGACCUCUCAGCACCUCCACCCCCAGAGUGGGGGCUCCCGCUCCCAGCCACAGGGUACCGCUGCCUGGAGUGUGGAGACGCUUUCGCUUUGGAGCGCAGCCUGGCCCGUCACUAUGACCGGCGAUCGCUCCGCAUCGAGGUGACCUGCAACCAUUGUGCAAAAAGGCUGGCCUUCUUCAAUAAGUGCAGCCUGCUGCUGCAUGCCCGGGAGCAUAAGGAGCGUGGCCUGGUCAUGCAGUGCUCCCACCUGGUCAUGAGACCUGUCACUGUAGAACAGAUGAUUGGACAGCAGGACACCACACCCAUUGGUGGCAUGCUCUCCUCUUCAUCCUCCUCUCCUCCAGUCUCCUCCCCCUCCAGCACACCUGGGGCUCCCCCCGUUUCUGCCAACUCCAGUCCAAUGAAGGAUUCCACCUCUCCAGCAGCUGCUCAGCCCAGACCAGUCCGCCGCACGCCCCAGGGCCCCCAAGCGCUGAUGCCGCUGCCUUGCAAGAAGGCCGAGGUGCUGCAGUACAACAAUUUCAAAUGUCCAGAGUGCCAAGCGCAGUUCUCUGGCAAGGCCGAGCUGGUCACCCACUUCCAGCAGAUCAGAGCUGCCCCCAACUCAGUGAGUCUUGGUGAUGAGAACACAACAUGCACCCAGUGCUCUCCUCCCAUGAUGCUGCCUAACUCGUGCGCUGUGUCUGCCCACCAGAGGAUCCAUAAACACAGAGCGCCCCAUGUCUGUCCUGAGUGCGGGGGCAUCGCCCGGCAGGCCAGCUUCCAGACCCAUCUGGAGGAGGCCUGUCUGCACUUUGCCAGACGUAUUGGCUACAGGUGCUCGAGCUGCCAGGUUGUGUUUGGAGGGUUGAACUCCAUCAAGUCCCACAUCCAGACCGCCCACUGCGAGGUCUUCCACAAGUGCCCCAGCUGCCCCAUGGCCUUCAAGUCUUCCCCGAGCGCCCAGGGCCACAUCAGCAGCCAGCACCCCACACUCACUGGAGGACAGGCCAAAAUGAUCUACAAGUGUGUCAUGUGUGAUACGGUUUUUACCCAAAAACCUUUGCUGUACAUGCACUUUGACACUCACCUGGCCAAACAGAAAGUGCAUGUGUUCAAGUGUCCGGACUGCACCAAGCUCUAUGCUCAGAAGGGUUCCAUGAUGGAACAUAUUAAGACGGCUCACAGAGGCCUGUCGGCCAAACCAGAGGCUCAGUCAGACACCUCGGCCUCCACCUCGAUCCCGGUCAACCCGUCCGGCCCCACCGGCCAGAAGUCGAAAUCCUCUGGAAAGACGGACAAUUCCGACGGAGAGGACUGGGGCCGGGAUCAGGAAGACGAGGAGGAAGAAGACGAGGAGGAAGAGGAUGACGACGACGACGGGGAUGAAGACUACGAGGCCCCGGGGAGUCUCACCAGCACCCUGGGGGGCAGCAGUCAUCCCGCCGCACCCACAGAGUGGACCUGUCCCCAGUGUCAGACCACCUUCACCGACAAUGAAGAUUAUCUCAGUCACGUGAAAAUGGAGCAUGGCAAGUUCCCUUGCCGUAUCUGUGGGGGCACGUUCAGCACGUCCUCCAGCCUGAGGCGUCAUGAGCGUGUCAUUCAUGAGGGCAACAAACGAGUCUUCCAUUGCCAAUAUUGCACAGAGGGCAAGCGCACCUUUGGCAGUCGGUUCUUACUGGACAAGCAUAUCCGCCUCCAUCACAGAACCACAGAUGGACAGGGUCCCCCUCAGACGAGGAAGCGUGCAGCCACCACAGGAGAUGGUCCUGGCAGCUCCUCAGAGCAGGACGGCGAGGGUGGACCUCCUGGAGGCCGGGCAGGAGAUGAAGAGGAGAACGCCACGGAGGAUGGCGAGGACGGUGGCGGCCCUGCGAAGAGAACCCGGGGGUCCAUGGUGUCAGCAGCACUGGCGCCCCCCGAGCCGGAGGAGGAAGACAACAUUUUCCGUUGCGUCCCCUGUGGCUUCUCCACCGAGGACGGCGCCGAGUUCCAGCGGCACAUCCCCCAGCAUCGGGUGGACACCGCCUCCUUCCAGUGCCUGCAGUGCGGCGUCUGCUUCGCUUCGGCCGGCUCUCUCGGAAGGCACCGGUUCAUUACUCACCGUGUGCGGGACCCGCAGGGCGACGCGGACCGCAGCACCCCACAUGCCCCCGGCUCUCCCGACGGGUCACCCGCCCCCUCGCCCCAGGGCCAGGGCGAGGACGGAGAGGGCAAUCUGAGCUGCAAGGUGUGCGGCCGGCGAUUUGACAAGGCCACGGACCUCAACACCCACUUCAGGACCCACGGCAUGGCCUUCAUCACCGCCCACAAGACGGACAAGCCCCAGUAGAGGGGGCGGGAAUCCUUAAAGUGGACGCAUUGGCUAGAAGAGAAGCCGAGGGUCACGAGCUCAGCUGAAAAGCAAGACUAAAAUAUUCCUCUAAAAAAGGAUGAAUGUUGAUUAUAAGAAGACAGAGCUGCUUCGGACCUUCAGUGCAGUUUUUUUGCCACCAUAAACUGUGUUUUAAUCUUAUCUAUGGCACCUCUCUGUGCAAUUGUAAUUGCAUGUUUGGUCACUUAACUAAACACACCUGUGAUAGACUCUUUGAGUGGAAGGCUAUUGAACAACCUCCGAGCAAAGCAUUUCUAUCAGCCAUACAGUUGAUUAUGUCUCGUCCUCCAUCACAGUCACCCUCACUCUGCACUGACUGUCGCUACUUGCCUGUCUCUUCAUUGUAACACCCAAACUCUUCAGCACAUCUCCCACUGUACUCUAAGAAUUGUAGUGCCGAUAUUUUUGUAUUUCAUACCGCUCAUGGCGUUCACACUCGGUUUGUCCCAAGUCCGGCUCAUUCUCUCAGAUCCACUGUCUUGCUGGACUCAAAUCAGCAUCACCAGCCCUGUUCCUGCAUCCAAGGCUGGUGGCGCUGCUCUCAAGUCCAACCGCUCCUCGACAUCUGAAGCGUCGACACACGGGAGUGCUUGGAGAACUUAUGACACUGAUUUCUAUGUCGCAGCGAUAUUAUAAAUAUUUAUUUAUACGAAACACAUUACUGCUGUUGGUAUUUGUGAGUCGGUUGCGUCAGAUCUUACUACUGGAUGCAGCCGUAGAAGUAGUGUGAUUAUACGUGCACCAGAGAGAUGAGAGGUGAGUCUCUGAAGGCAUUUCAUUAGGAAACGAGGUUACUGGCUUGUGGUAACUCGUGUAGCGUGAAUGACGUGUGAUGUUAUUAAUCGUUAAGCUAGAACAGGAGAGAUAAGGCUUCCUGCCAGUAGUAUAUGUGUACGAGUUUUGCCAUGUAAAUACAUAUAAUUACACUAAAAGAAAGCGUUCUGGUUUUAGUUACUUGCUAUGAUAAUGUGAAUACGUAUAGUAUUUGUACUUGUACUGUUCCCUUUUUUUUCCAAACAAUUUCAAGUUAAAAAAAAAAAAAAGAAUCCCCCCACCCCCACAGAGGUAGCUAUACAUUGUAAUUAAAAAGCAGAGGGAGAGCGCGGGGGGCCUUGUGUUGUCUUAAUGUGUAUGAAUACAAAUGUUUAUCUCUUUGAGACGGUUCUUUUUUAUCUACAGAAUCAGUGCUUGCUGUACUCACUUUUCUUUUGUAUGUUUCAAACCAGCCUUCGCGGUCACGUGAAGGAGGCCUAUGGGUGGAGUUUUUUUUUUUUUUUUUUUUUUUUCUUGUUUGUAUCUUUUAUAUGUCAUAUUUAUAUAGCGGAAUAGUGGAAAUUCAUGUCAUUUUUCUUUUCAUGGUUGUGGUCUGCUUGCUGAAAUGCCAUACACUUUUGUGCUGUUUCAAAAUAAAUGUGUGAAAGAGA